CCCGCGCAGAAGCUGCAGCCGCCGUCGCUGCCGCCGCCGCCGCCGGAGCCUCCUCCUCCUUCUCCAUUGUCCGGGCCGGGCCGGGCUGGGCCCAUGGGCCCUUCCGCUACGAGAGCCGCCGAGCAGCCGCCAAGCCACAGCCGGCCCGGAGCCUGAGCCGAGCUCGAGCUGACAGACACUAUGGGGGUAGACUUCGAUGUGAAGACGUUCUGCCACAACCUGCGGGCAACCAAGCCACCGUACGAGUGUCCUGUGGACACUUGCCGCAAAAUCUACAAGAGCUACAGUGGGAUUGAGUACCACCUAUACCACUACGACCAUGACAACCCACCACCUCCGCAGAGCACCCCUUUGCGUAAGCACAAGAAGAAGGGCAGGCAUGGCCGGGCUGCCAACAAGCAGUCGCCCAACCCCUCAGAGACUUCGCAGUCACCGGGCCGUGAGGUCAUGACCUAUGCGCAGGCCCAGCGCAUGGUGGAGGUGGACCUGCAUGGCCGUGUGCACCGCAUCAGCAUCUUUGACAACCUGGACGUGGUGUCUGAGGAUGACGAGGCGCCUGAGGAGGCUCCGGAGAAUAACAGCAACAAAGAGAACACGGAAACCCCGUCUGUGGCCCCCAAAGCUGGCAAGCAUAAAAACAAGGAGAAACGUAAGGACUCCAACCACCACCACCACCACAGUGCCUCAGCUGGCAACAUGCCCAAGCUUCCAGAGGCUGUGUACCGUGAGCUGGACCAGGACACGCCUGAUGCACCACCGCGCCCCUCCUCGUAUUACAGAUACAUUGAGAAGUCGGCAGAGGAGUUGGACGAAGAGGUUGAAUAUGACAUGGAUGAGGAAGAUUACAUCUGGCUGGACAUUAUGAACGAGCGCCGGAAGACAGAAGGCGUGAGUCCCAUCCCCCAGGAGAUCUUUGAGUACCUGAUGGACCGGCUGGAGAAGGAGUCCUACUUUGAGAGCCACAACAAGGGGGAUCCAAAUGCCUUAGUGGACGAGGACGCCGUCUGCUGCAUCUGCAACGAUGGGGAGUGUCAGAAUAGCAAUGUCAUCCUCUUCUGUGACAUGUGCAACCUGGCCGUGCACCAGGAGUGCUACGGCGUCCCUUAUAUCCCCGAGGGCCAGUGGCUGUGCCGCCGCUGCCUGCAGUCGCCCUCCAGGGCCGUGGACUGUGCCCUGUGCCCAAACAAAGGGGGCGCUUUCAAACAGACGGACGAUGGGCGUUGGGCCCAUGUGGUGUGCGCCCUCUGGAUCCCGGAGGUCUGCUUUGCCAACACUGUGUUCCUGGAGCCCAUAGACAGCAUAGAACACAUCCCACCAGCCCGCUGGAAGCUGACCUGCUACAUCUGCAAGCAGCGAGGCUCGGGGGCCUGUAUACAGUGUCACAAAGCAAACUGCUACACAGCCUUCCACGUCACCUGCGCUCAGCAGGCUGGGCUCUACAUGAAAAUGGAGCCUGUCCGGGAGACCGGAGCCAACGGGACCUCCUUCAGCGUCCGCAAGACGGCUUACUGUGACAUCCACACGCCGCCUGGCUCCAUGCGACGCCUGCCCGCCCUCUCGCACAGCGAAGGGGAGGAGGAGGACGAGGAGGAGGAGGAAGAUGGGAAAGGCUGGAGCUCGGAGAAGGUGAAAAAGGCCAAGGCUAAGUCCCGGAUCAAAAUGAAGAAGGCGAGAAAGAUUCUGGCUGAGAAGAGAGCGGCUGCUCCGGUGGUGUCUGUGCCUUGCAUUCCUCCCCACAGGCUCAGUAAGAUCACCAACCGCUUGACCCUCCAGAGGAAGAGCCAGUUCAUGCAGAGAUUGCACAGCUACUGGACCCUGAAGAGGCAGUCCCGCAAUGGGGUCCCUUUGCUGCGCCGGCUCCAAACGCACCUGCAGUCACAUAGGAACUGUGAGCCAGGGAGGCCGGCUCCUCCUCCCCCUGUGUCCAAGACUGAGCAGCGAGAUAACACAGAGGAUAAGAACUGGGCCCUGAAAGAGCAGCUGAAAUCCUGGCAGCGCCUCCGCCAUGACCUGGAACGAGCGCGCUUGCUGGUGGAGUUAAUUCGCAAGCGGGAGAAGCUCAAGAGAGAGACGAUUAAAAUCCAGCAAGUGGCGCUAGAGAUGCAGCUGACCCCAUUCCUCAUCCUCCUGCGCCGGACACUUGAGCAGCUCCAGGAGAAGGACACGGGCAACAUCUUCAGCCAGCCGGUCCCGCUGUCUGAGGUCCCUGAUUACCUGGACCAUAUCAAGAAGCCAAUGGACUUCUACACCAUGAAACAGAAGCUAGAGGGCUAUCGCUACCUGAAUCUUGAUGAGUUUGAAGAGGACUUCAACUUGAUUGUCAGCAACUGCUUGAAGUACAAUGCCAAAGACACCAUCUUUUACCGGGCAGCUGUCCGGUUGCGGGAGCAAGGGGGUGCUGUGCUGCGGCAGGCACGCCGGCAAGCUGAGAAGAUGGGCAUUGACUUUGAGACAGGCAUGCACUUCCCCAUUGCAGGGAACGACACACCUCUGCGAAGCACUGAGAAUGAUGAAGAGCGGCUGCUGCUAUCUGAGAACCAGAAGCAUCUGCCCUUGGAAGAACAGCUGAACCUCCUGCUGGAGCGCCUGGCCGAGGUGAGCGCCGGGAAGCAGAGCGUAGGCCGCUGUCGGCGGGCCAAGAUGAUCAAGAAGGAGAUCACGGCCUUGCGGCGCAAACUGGCACACCAGCGGGAGACAGGGAGGGAUGGGCACGGUCCCCUGGCCCGCAUCAUCCUGCCAACCCAUAACCCGUGUGAGAAGGACACACAAACCGACAGUGCCGCUGAGGAGAGCAGCAGCCAGGAAACCAGCAAAGGCCUUGGUCCCAACUCCUCCUCCACCCCAGCGCAUGAAGUUGGCCGGAGAACAUCAGUGCUCUUCUCCAAGAAGAACCCCAAAACUGCUGGGCCCCCAAAGCGUCCUGGACGUCCACCCAAGAAUCGUGACAGCCAGCUGGCUCCAGGUCAUGGGAACAGUCCUGUAGGGCCCCCUCAGCUGCCAAUCAUGGGAUCCCAGCGGCAGCGCAAGAGGGCAAGGAGCCCACGCCCCAGCUCAAGCUCAGACAGCGACAGCGACAAAUCGGCAGAGGAUACUCCUAUUGACCUGCCAGCCAAUGGCUUCAGCAGUGGCAAUCAGCCAGUCAAGAAGAGUUUCCUAGUUUAUCGCAACGACUACAACCUCCCACGCAGUAGUUCUGAAUCAGAGUCCAGCAGCACCAGCACCAGCAGCGCUGCUUCAGACCGCACCAGCACAACUCCCUCGAAACAAGGUAGAGGGAAGCCCUCUUUCUCCCGGGUGAAUUUCCCAGAGGACAGCAGCGAAGACACGUCAGGAACAGAAAAUGAGUCCUACUCAGUCGGAACUGGCCGAGGGGUGGGCCAUGGCAGUGAGUAUCAGGGCACUGUUUUCUCUGUUUUCCGAUCUGGAGAUGGGGUGGCAAGAAGGAUGGCGAUGACCUGUUUCCCACUCUUGUUCUGCCUUUGUACAGUGGUGCGGAAGAACAUCAGCCGAUCGGCUGGCUGGUUGUCUGAGGAUGAGGACUCCCCUCUCGAUGCCCUGGACCUGGUGUGGGCCAAGUGCCGGGGUUACCCAUCUUAUCCAGCACUGAUCAUCGAUCCCAAGAUGCCACGGGAAGGGAUGUUUCACCACGGGGUGCCCAUCCCUGUACCCCCAUUGGAGGUGCUGAAGCUGGGAGAGCAGAUGACUCAGGAAGCCCGGGAGCAUCUCUACCUGGUCCUCUUCUUUGACAACAAGCGUACCUGGCAGUGGUUGCCCCGCACCAAACUCGUGCCCCUGGGCGUGAACCAGGACCUGGACAAGGAGAAGAUGCUGGAAGGGCGCAAGUCCAACAUCCGCAAAUCUGUCCAGAUUGCCUACCACCGCGCCAUGCAGCACCGCAACAAAGUGCAAGGAGAGCAGAGCAGCGACUCCAGCGAGAGCGACUGACCCUUAGUGGGGCUCCCGCCCAGGGUGCUCACUCGGUGCAGCUGGACUGUACGGGAGAGGGGAGAGGGGAGCUCCAGCCUUGAGAAGCCCAGGCCCUCGGUCAGGCUGCAGGAACUCAUGCAGAGCACCCAGCGGCACCUCCGGUGUGUGGGGCACACCCACAGAGCACUGUGCCCUCCAUGUGGGCAAGCCUACCUCUUGUGUCAGCCUGCCGUUCUUUGUUCCAUGCCUGGAAUUGCCCUGACCAGCUGCGUGAGCAAAACCCAGCUGCCUGUAUAGCUCCCAAGGACAAUAGCCCACUGUCUGGGUCCUGAGGCCCCUAGGCCUUUGUAAAAUACUGUACAAUAGCAGGAGAAUGUAAAUUAUUUGGGCUGCUCCAUAAACACACACGAACACACAGACCCUGGCCCCAUGUUUCCCUGCAUCAUAGCACCUGUCCAGAUGCAUCAACCUUUCCUCGGCCCAGCCCCACCGACACUCUGCAGAGCAGGGCCACUGUCUUCUCACUCGCACAUUUUGAUACUAUAGCUUUUUGGAACCUGGCUCUGCCUGAUCCCCUACCCUGUAGGUCCCCGGCUGUUCUUUCUGCUGCAGCCGGGUGGGCAUUUGUACUUGUAUUUAUUUUGGAGGAAGAAGAUCUCUAUCAGUUCUUAGAAAAUAAAAUGGCUCUUUUGGAA